CUAAUGUUUUGACAACAACGUUGAGAAUAUUGGUGAACUUCUCGCAAAACUGACUUUCUUCUCAGGGCGACUCCGUCCGUUUUUCGAGCGAACCUAGGUUGCCUCUCGAGCAAUAAAUGAGCACGAUGACAGCAGUUAGAGCGAACCUAGGUUGCCUCUAGUUUGCCUCCAGGUGAAAAAAAAUACGGUAUUAAAAAAUAUUCAAAUAUCAUAUCAAGUUUCAGUCUCUUUGAAAAAUUAUGGCAUUACUCGAACCGCGAUGACGGGUUUUCGUCAUUAUUGUUUGUUGACAUUUCUAUCCACAAAAACGUGGAACGGCUCAACUAGUUGAAAUAAAGAUUUGGUACAUUAAUUUAGUUUACUCAUCGGCACAAUGGCAUAUCAAACCUUACGACAAGAAUAUUUCCAAAUUCCGGUAGUGACCAGAGCAUAUACGACAGCAUGUGUUAUAACAACGUUAUGUGUGCACCUAGAAGUUGUGACUCCAUUCCAACUAUACUUCAAUCCAACACUCAUCCUGAAGCAUUAUCAACUAUGGCGAUUAGGAACUACUUUUUUGUUCUUCGGGACAUUCGGGUUCAAUUUUCUUUUCAAUAUGCUAUUUACUUAUAGGUACUGUCGAAUGCUAGAAGAAGGAUCUUUUCGCGGUAGAAGCGCGGAUUUCAUCAUGAUGUUUCUAUUCGGUGGUGUACUGAUGAUCAUGUCUGCCUUUUUUGUGAAUCUACUGUUCCUUGGCCAAGCUUUUACAAUUAUGCUAGUGUAUGUUUGGUCGCGAAGGAAUCCAUUCAUCAGGAUGAACUUUUUCGGCAUAUUGAAUUUUCAGGCUCCCUACUUGCCAUGGGUUCUGCUUAGCUUCUCCGUGCUGAUCGGCAACACCAUAUGGGUAGAUUUGAUGGGAAUUGUUGUGGGGCAUAUUUAUUACUUCCUAGAGGAUGUAUUCCCUGGCCAGAUAAACGGACGCCACUUACUGAAGACUCCACAAUUCCUCAAAAAUAUUUUCGACGAACCGAUCGAAGAUGCCGACUACACUGCCCUGCCGGAGGAUCGCCCUGGAGGAUUCAAUUGGGGCAGAGAACAAGCGAACAAUGGCGCACAAAACGUUGAACGACGAGAUGACAAUUAGGGCCGUCAUGUUGCAAGUUGGUGAAAAAAGGAUGUUUCGGAAGACUGUUUUCAAUCUUACGUUUCGAAAAGAGACGUACUGCGCUGCAUGAUUUUUUAAGUCAAAUAGUGCUCGGCGGAAGGUAACCAUUAACUGUUUUUAUGCUAUAAUUUGUGGAGUAUAGUUUACUGUCCGAAUAAUGUA